AUGGGAAAGAAAAGAAAGCUCCAAGCAUCGGAAGAUCAUGAUAUGCACUACGAUCUGCCUUCGAAACACAUGAAUACUAGUCACAUCCGGGCUAACGAACGUCGGUUGAUUAUUAUUCUAGAAGGCGCGCAGCUUGAAACAGUGAAGGUGGGUCCUGCGUUUGAAUUGCUGAAUUGUGAUGACCACCUUAACAUACUGAAACGCAACAACCGAGACCCAGGCAGUUGUCGGCCAGAUAUCACCCAUCAAUCGUUAUUGAUGCUAAUGGACUCACCGUUGAACAGGGCCGGAUUGUUGCAAGUUUUUGUCAAGACCGAAAAAAACGUGCUGAUUGAGAUAGAUCCGCAAACCAGAAUUCCACGAACUUUCAGGCGCUUUGGGGGCCUCAUGGUUCAACUGCUGCACAAGUUCUCGAUAAGAGCUGCAGAAUCCCAAAAGAAACUAAUGAGAAUUGUAAAAAAUCCCAUCACGAACCACCUUCCGGUUGGAUGCCGUAAGCUCGCUAUGUCUUACAGCGCCAAAGAGGUGAAAAAUGCAAAAGAACUAGUGCCGGCAGUAGAUGAACCUCUUGCAGUGGUUGUUGGAGCCUUUGCUCAUGGAAAUUUAAAUUUAGAUUAUACCGAAGACACUAUAUCGAUCAGCAACUACCCGUUAUCUGCCGCAUUGACUUGCACGAAGCUAUGUUCCGCCUUUGAGGAAGUGUGGGGAAUUAUUUAA